AACGAAAAUGAAAGUAGAUGAAAAGUUGUGAAAACACUGGUCUCGCAGCAUAGCAAGUCAUUUAAGGACGACUGUUAGUGAAAAUGGCAGGCAGUACAGUAUUUAGAAAAGUCUUUGCUUUGAUUUUAGCAGUUUUUGUCGACAUUUCCUUCUUUCAUUUAUCGGGGUUAGUAGUGAACCACAGGGUGUUUGGACAUCUUGCGCGACUCUGGGUGUCUGCGGCUCUCCGGUGUUUGGCACUGACUGCUGUUACUCUGCUCAGCCUCAGAGAUGUCCGACCGUUAGUGUUUCGGGUUAUAUUUACACACAGUCUGCUGCCUGCGGUGCUGGAGACCGGGACCAGAGUGCUCUACCACGAGGAGACCCAGUGUGGCAUGUUGGCGGAUCUGCGCUGCUGGCUGAUGUGCGCCGGGGCAUCGCUGGCUGGGGCUCUGUUUUGGGAGAUCACCAUCCCGGACACCGAAGAUGCAGCCGCCGGUAAAGAGAAGAGGCAGGAAGCCCGAGUGCUGUUUGUGAGAGUCCUGCACCUGUACAGACCCGACUCUCUGCUGCUGCUGGGAGGACUUGUGUUCCUGACGCUGGCUGUUAUCUGUCAGAUGUUCAUCCCGUUCUACACUGGGAGAGUCAUUGACAUCCUUGGCAGUCAGUACCAGCACACUGAAUUCAUAUCUGCACUCCUCUUCAUGGGGCUGUACUCUCUGGGAAGCUCUGUGAGUGCAGGCUGCAGAGGAGGUCUCUUACUUUGUGCCAUCAGUGCCUUCGCAUGCAGAGUGAAAGCCAAGCUGUUUGGGGCUUUGACCAAACAGGAAAUUGGAUUCUUCGAGGCCAUAAAGACAGGUGAAAUUACAUCCAGGUUGUCGAAAGACACCAACUUGAUGGGGAGAACAGUGGGUCUGAAUGUCAAUGUGCUGCUGAGGACAUUCAUCAAGACAAUGGGCAUGAUCUCCCUGAUGAUGAAUCUGUCAUGGAAGCUCACAUUCAUCGUGUUGAUGGAGACGCCUAUCACUGGCCUUAUUCAGAACAUCUAUGACACUCACUACCAGCGCCUGUCCCUUGCGGUGCAGGACUCAAUGGCUCUGUCAAAUGAAGUUGCGAAUGAGGUAGUAUCCAGUAUUCAUGCGGUCCGGAGCUUUAACACAGAAAAACAAGAGGCUCAGCGCUAUGACGACCGCCUGAUGGAAACACACACACUGAGGACCCGCCGGGACACUGUCAGGGCCGUUUACCUGCUCGCACAGAGGUUAACAGGGCUGGUCAUGCAGGUCCUCAUGUUGUAUUAUGGCCGGCUGUUCAUCCGGAGUGGACAGAUGACCACUGGCAACCUGGUUUCCUUCAUCCUCUACCAGUCAGAACUGGGAGACAACAUCAGGACACUUACCUACAUCUUUGGUGAUAUGAUAAACUCGGUGGGGGCUGCUGGGAAGGUCUUUGAGUACCUGGACCGAAAGCCUCAGGUCAGCACGGAGGGAAAACUCAAACCGGAUCAGCUGACAGGAGACGUCAGCUUCCGUGGCGUCAACUUCGCCUAUCCAGCAUACCCCAACAAAAGAGUGCUGCAGGACUUCUCUUUGGAGCUGAAGGCAGGUCAGAUGACGGCACUGGUGGGUCCAUCCGGAGAAGGGAAGAGCACCUGUGUGAGUCUGCUGGAGCGGUACUAUGAGCAGCAGGAUGGAGAAAUCCUAUUGGACAAUGAACCACUGAAGUCUUAUGACCACCGUUUCCUCCACAAGAAGAUUGCAGUGGUGAGCCAGCAGCCUGUGCUCUUCUCAGGCUCCAUCAGAGACAACAUCGCCUACGGGGUUGCUGAAUGCUCAUUGGAUGAGAUCCAGGAAGCAGCACGCAAAGCCAACGCCCAUGACUUCAUUAACCAACUGGAGAAAGGAUAUGACACAGAGGUGGGUGAGGGUGGCGGGCAGUUAGCCCAAAGCGAGAGGCAGCGGAUCGCCAUUGCUCGAGCUCUGGUCAGACAGCCACAGGUCCUCAUUCUGGAUGAAAUUACCAGCUCUCUGGACCCUGAGAGCGAAAAUAAGAUUCAGCAGGCCCUGGCUAGUUGUCCCAACCAGACUCUGCUGGUGAUCGCUCACAGGCUGAAGACCAUUGAGAAGGCCCAUCAGAUUGUCCUGAUCGGGGACGGCCAAGUUCAGGAGCGAGGGACUCACCAGGAACUGAUGGAGGAGAAGGGGAGAUACUACAAACUGAGAGAGAAGCUGUUCACCGAGGGAAACUCCCCUCAAUGAUAGACAGCCGCCACUGAGCAGAGGCUCAAUGUGUGGAAGAUAAUUGUUCUGUAUAUAAAUGCAGCAUGUAUUUCUUUUGUAAAUAUUGAAAAAGAAAGAAUGGGCCUGUACGUUGUUUGAGAUAUAUAUUCUGUAACGUGACCUAAUAGUUUACUUUAAAUCAUAUUUAUUUUGAAAUCACCUUUUGUAUUGUAAAAUCCUUAAAUUCAAUACAUUCCAUUUUCUCAUAGAUGUGUGACCACUAUAAUUUAGUUCCAUUUCAUGUCCUUGUAUAAAUGUUUGACAUGACAGCACAACAUUAAAAUAUUCCUUUAUUAUCAGACCGGCCAAAGGUUAUCUCACAGGUGUGUCCAAAUAAAAGAUUGAUCACCAGUAUCA